GCUAACAUUGAAAAUAUGCGCUCUGACAGGGAAAGAAAAUCUUCAUACUAUUCACAAAGAAGACGUUCUAGAUCUAGGUCUAGGUCUAGACGUCCCAGGUCCAGGUCGAGAUCUAGAUGUACCAGGGACAACUGCCAUUCCAAUAGAUGUAAGGCUCCUAGUCCCAGGUCGAGAUCUAGAUGUACCAGAGACAAGUGCCAUUCCAAUAGGUCUAGGACCCCUAGUCCCAAUCGGUCUAGGGAUAUUAGACCUAGUGGUAGUGGUACUAGUUCUCUGGUCAUCAAGAUAGACCGGAUAUCUUCACCUGCAAGAGAGGAAGUGCCUCUAUUACUUGAUCAGCUCAACGAACCAGAAUUCCCUGAGCUCUUCGGUACACAUGAGCCGUAAGCGUGGUAGGGACGAUGAUCCAGAUUGGUAUCCUGCUGCAAAACGGUCCGCCAUCCACAUCAACCCAAGUCAUCCCAACUUUCGGAGGUAUUUUUACUAGUUAGUUAUUGUAGUGUAGUAAUGCUGUAGGGGUGUAGGGUAGUUAGUUAUUUUUUCUGAUAAGUUUUUAUCCAAUGAUGUUGUCAAUAAACCCUUCAGUUAGUAAUUUCACCAGUUUUCUGAAUAUCUAGCUAUAUUUUUGCCUAAAUACUUCAUUUAAAACAUUGGGAUCAAAUUUUUUAUCUAAGUAUUAUUUAUUUAUGUAGCAACCACUUAACCUGAAAAUACUAACUUUUGCAAACCUUCAUACAGAUGUCCCAAUAUGAACUGUUUUACAAGUUACGUAACAGUACUUAAAGAAACAUAUAAUUAUGUUCAUUUAAGUGUCAAUUUUAGUUUUUAACACAAUUAAUUGGUUUGGUUUUAUAACACACAGACACUGUAACGUUUAUAUAGCUUCUUUUAAGCUUUACUGUUGAGGAAGACAUGAGGUACCCACACAUCUACCCAUGUGCAUCAUGUCAUGUGUUCUAUUAAAGCUAGCUGGAUAGCUGGCACACAUGAAAGGAAGCAGAGCCCCUGGUAGGAUUCAAACCCACUGUAGUGUAGUAAGGGGGAAAGUGGUUUUAUGUAGACAAUAGAAAUUUUAUUCUAGGGGAUAUGUUGAUAAUUUCAUUUUCAUUUAAACUUCAAUUUUCUUUCAUCUAUAACAAAAUCUUCAGUGUCUUUUCAUCAUUUGAUCUUGGUUAUUUUGUUUCUAAAAUUGAUUCCUGUUUGAAAUAUUAGUGCUUAAAUCUAUCUGUUUAUUAAAAGUUUAACAUAU